AUGACUACAUUUAUGUCUCUUAUAGAUAAGCGCACUCGCUUGCUCCAAUUGUUACUAUUAUUCACUUCUUUUUUCAUUAAGAAAGCUUAUGCUGUUGAUGGUUGUAGACCACAAUCUGCCGGUACUCCUGGGUUUGACAUGAACUUAUACCAUUACCCCUACGCCUACACAACCACAAAUGCUGUACGUAGUUGUUUUAAUAACGAGUAUCAAACUCCUGAAUUCCAGCAAGGUGGAUACCAAACUUAUGGAGGUGGUCUCUUUGGCUCCGCCUAUGGUAUUGAAGAUGUUACUCUAAGUAUUAGAUUAACUGAAAUAUGUACUGAAACUAACGGUUCCUUACCAUCAAACUUCAAUUACCCCGAAACCUUCAGUAUCUCAAAUUUCACAAUGCUACUCACUGGUUACUUCUUACCACAUGAAACUGGUCAAUACAUUUUCACUUUAGACGCCGAUGAUUUGGCAUAUCUUUCAUUUGGUGCCGGUAACGCUUUUGAUUGUUGUGACGAACAAAGUACUGUCAGUAAUCCCGAUGCCUUCGACUUAGUUGUUAUUUGGAACGGUGCCGAUGAUAUGUCGGGCUCCAUUACUUAUGAAUUAGAGGCUGGUAUCUACUAUCCUAUUCGUUUAUUGUAUGCUAACAGAGAUUUCCAUGGGGAUUUAAAAUUAUCAUUCCAAGACCCAACUGGUAAUAUUUUCACCAACUUCUCAAACCAUAUUUAUCAGUUUCCAGAUGAACCUAAAGGUUGCCCCAAUAAUAUCGUUGCUUCAACUACUCAAUGGACAGGUUCUUACACAACAACGUACUCUACUUCCAUCUACACUACCACCGGUACUGACGGUAUUCCGACUAUUGAGACCUUGUAUAUGAUCCAAACGCCAAAUAAUACCUACACAUCUACUGCUACAACCAAGUUCACCGAAGGUACUGGCGAUAUCACUACAACUUAUUCUACUGCUACUGGUGUCAUAACUGGUACUGAUGGUAUCAUUACAACAGAAACAACUUAUUUUGUUGAAACGCCACGAUCAGAGACUACUGCUGCAACUUCUAGUACUACUUCACAAGUUGAACAUAUCACUAAUGAUGAAGAGAUGCUAACAAUUUCAAAGACUACAAUUGUUACUGGCACAACUAAGUUUGGUACUGUCACUGCUCCAACUAUCGAUAUUCAUGUUACUACUUACUAUAGUACGGUCGAAGAUGGUAAUGUCAUAGAGGUUGUUGAGACCAGUAUUGAGGUCGAAAUCCCAAAUGUUGAAAAAAGUACUACCAUUGUAAAAACUACGACUACGUUCGGUACGGUUACUGCUCCAACUACUACCACAUCCGCUACUACUUAUUAUUCUACAUACGAGGACGGGGAUGUAGUAGAAGUUGUGGAGACAGACAUAGAAAUUGAGUUACCUAACAUUUCAAAGAGCACUACCAUUGUAAAAACUACGACUACGUUCGGUACGGUUACUGCUCCAACUACUACCACAGCUGCUACCACUUACUACAGUACAGCCGAAGAUGGUAAUGUGGUGGAAGUUGUCGAAACUGAUAUUGAAAUUGAGUUGCCAAAUAUUUCAAAGGUUUCUACAACAACUAAUACAAUUUACACCAAAGGUGAUGUGACUGAACCCUCUACAAUUUCAACCAUGGUAACCACUUAUUACACGACUGAUGCUGACGGUAAUGAAGAUGAGGUUAUCGAAACACUUUAUGUUGUUGAGAUUCCCGAUGCCUCGAAAACCAUAGAAACAGCUAUAACUGAAUAUACUGAAUAUCCUGGAACCGUCACCAUAACUACAACACAUAUUAAGACUUACGUUACAACUAAUGCUGACGGUGAUGAAGAAGAAGUUAUUAAAACUGACAUUAUUAUCGAAACUCCAGAUAAUCCUCAUACAAAUAUGGAAACAAUCACUACUUCUUCUACGAUAGUCACUUAUUACACCGGCUCUGAAGUUUCUACUUACUCGACUAGUAUCAGAACUUAUACUACCACGGAUGCUCAUGGUAACUCAGAUGAAGUAAUCGAAACCGACUACUACGUUGAAAUUCCAGAACCUACAUCCAAAGCUACUGAAUAUGUAACAAAUGGAUCUACAUCAGUAACGACUGUUACUGAAACUUCAUCAACUAUACCCAAUGUUUCUGAAUACCCAAUGCAAACUCCAUCAUCCACUUUGGCUGGUCUUUCUGAGUUCCACGGGGUUGGUGUUGCUGUAUCAAACAAUAUAUUCUCUUUUAUUGUUGGUUUAUUGUUUACAAUUUUAUUAGUUUAA